GCAGGAUGUAUAAGAGUGGGGUGAUCGCUGAUUGGCUGUAAGGCGGAAGUUGUGGCGUUUAUUCGGAGACAGGAAAGAACGUGUGAAUAGAGGUUAUUUGCAUAAUGACGGAAAGACCAGAACCCUCUGCAGAUGAAAACCCUAUGAAUUUUGCCUUGGAAAAAUGUUUGGAAAUUCUUCAAACAGCAAAUGGUGACAGUGAGCAGUUUGCUGCACUUCUAAUGAUCACAAAGUGUUCCAAAGGCGCAGAGUUGGAUGAAGGAAUUCGGUGCAAAAUCUUUGAUGCAGUUGGUUUCUCUUUCCCAAACCGGCUUCUUUUCUCCAAAUUGUCACUUGAUGGGUGUCCGGAGUACUUGCUUCGAAGUCUGGGCUUGACCCUGUUGGCUUGUUUCUGCCGUGACCCCUCUCUGGCCACUCAUCCUGAGUUUCUUAAUAAAAUUCCAGUUUUCAAUGCAACUGUAAGUACACUAAGCCAGGAAGAAAAGAAGGCAUCUUGCAUGGUAGAGGAUGCCUAUCAGUGCUUGACGGGCAUAUUGGCUGCUCCUGGAGGGAUCAAACACUUGGUAUCUGGUGGCACCAUAUCAUCUUUAUGUCAAGCUUAUUUGAAUCACAGUCUUGGUUGGGAAAAUGCUCUUGGCAUUCUAACCACUUUACUCUCCUCUAUGCCAGACAAAUCCUGGAAGAUAAGUGAAAAAGAACUUCAACUCCUAUUGGUUAAGCUAAGCGAAGAAUUUAAUAAAGAGGAGGGCAGUCGUAAGUUCCACUUGGCAGAGAUUCUUCCUGUGUUCCUACCUCCUUCACCGGUUUUAACUGUGACUUCUUGGGGUAAAGACUGCUUAAAACAUCUUCGUAUGGGUUUAUUUAAAGUACUUAGAAAUAAGCUUGCUGCUUCCCAGAGAGACCCGGCAUUAAAGCUUGGAGCUUUGCUUUCUCAUGUUUAUGGUUCCUCUUGGAUUUUGACUGAAGGAAAAGGGAAGAGAAAAUUUUUCUGUUUACUCGUCAACUUGGCUUGUGUUGAGGUUAGGAUGGCACUGGAGGAUCCUAAUCCAAUCCCUACUUGGCAAGCUGUUUCAGCUUGUUAUUCCUUGGUUGAGAUGGGCAUUCAUGAGUGUGUUGAAGAAAAGGCACGUCACAUGCUAAAAGAGGACCAGAAGUUGCAGCUCCUUCAAGUUGUACAAGAGGCUUGUGGCGCAGUGAUGUACUACUUACAGCAGGUUGGCUUGGAGAAACAUGAGGAUCCGUUUGUGCUGGCUUCUGUAAGACUACUUGGAGUAUGGCUGGCAGAGGAAACCUACUGUCUUAAGGAAGAGGUCAUUCAGCUUCUUCCUUUCCUGAUACUUUAUAUGAGGACUUUGUUUCAUCGGGGUGUUACCUGUAGAGCUCAGCCUAAGGAAGUGUCUCGGGUGGCAUUACUGUGCAGCAACUGGGGAGCGGUAUGGCCAGGAGAUGCCAUAAGGUUCCUGCUUCCUGCUAUGUGCCAUCUAAGUGCAGAAGAAGCACCACGAAGGAUACUGAUCUCCAAAGGGGUCCCUGCAUUGCUCUGUGACUACUACGGACAACAAUGGGAGGUGUUCUCAAAUAAGGAUGAUCUGUCAGCUGAAGAAAAAAGUGUGGCAGAACUGAGCAUGCAAAGCUGCUGUGGUGUCUUCCUUAACCUAGUGGUGACUGAGCCAACGCUUGUUGGCCAGGAAAGCUGCUUUGUGACUUUGUUGAAGCUUCUGAUGCAAUCUCUUCCUGCGCUGUUAGUAAAUGGAGGUCACAUGACUUUGGCAGCAAAUCUUUCUACUUUGGGACUGAUGAUGAGCAGGUUAUUGGCCGACACGCCAGCUUUACAGGACGACGCUUCUAGAAACUUCUUCAAGGCUGCCAUUCAGUUCUUAAACUGUUCUCACGUUUCAUCCAAAGACUCUGACACAGGAAAACCUCACAUCAAGCUUUGUGAGGAGUAUUCUGCUGCUUGGGGAGAUAUAUCUGAAUUGUGGUUCCUUGGAGUACAAGCAUUCUCUGCCUGCCUCCCUUUGUUGCCCUGGUUGUCUCAAUUGGUACUAGAGUCUGGCUGGUUGGACAGUGUACUCGCUCUCUUGGGCCAGGUUUCUCCAGAGUCUGUUGACUUAGAAAUGGUGAAAGUGCUGCAGGGCCUUAUCACAGAACUGGCUCAGAGCAAUGUGUCUUGCAGAGAACUCGUCCUACAGAAGGAAGGGCUGGAGUUGGCCAAUUUGUAUGACAUGGCUGCUCUGAAACAAUGCUUGUCUAAAAUUAUGUGAGAUUGUUUAUUACAGUGAAAAAUUCCUUAUGCGGCAGUAUCUUUUUCUUAAUCUCUAGAUCAGGGGUGCCCAACCUUUUGAAGAGUGAGGGCCACGUAAGCGACUUGGUAACCAGUCGCGGGCCACAAUGAGUGGAGGGGACACAAGUUCGUUUACAUCUGCUGCUCCAUAGAGGUGAAUGGAGGGUCCCAUUGAGUCGGACAAAUUGUGUGACAGGGGCCAAAUGCUGCUUUGACACUGAUGCAAUGUGGUUUACCUGCACCGCGGAUGUAGCACUGUGUGCCUGUGGCUUUCCUACGGGUUAGCUGCACUUUGCCAUAGACUUCUAU